AUGCAAAGAGAUGAUAACCACAAGCUAGAGGAGCAACAUAAUGAUUUCUCGGACGUCGUUCAAGGUGAAGAUUUGGAAUUUCGUAAAUCUCACGAACUUACGUUUCCCAUAACUCAUAGAAUAGAUACAUUGGGAGAAAUACCACCUCCUUCAAUCCUUACAAAAUUUUCAAAUAACCAAUUAAUCACAAUUGCAGGUGCAGCAUCGGGUUUUUUGGCUGGUGUGGUUGUCUGUCCGCUUGACGUGGUAAAGACAAGAUUACAAGCACAAGGUACAUUGGGUAAGAAUUUAAAAUACAAUGGGUUUCUUAACACAUUUAAAACAAUUAUAAGAGAAGAAGGCGUUAGAGGGUUGUACAGGGGAUUGGUACCAACUAUGAUUGGUUAUUUACCUACAUGGACAAUAUAUUUCACAGUGUAUGAGCAAGCUAAGCGAUUCUAUCCGGGUUUCUUGAAGAACUACAAUAUUGAGAACCCAUCGAUAAUACAUUUUUGUUCAGCAUUAUCAGCAGGAAUGACAAGUUCAAUAGCAGUUAAUCCAAUUUGGGUUGUGAAAACAAGAUUGAUGGUUCAAAAUGGACAGGAAAAGAAAAAUGAGGUUUAUUACAAGGGAACUAUAGAUGCAAUUAAAAAGAUGUACAAAAGUGAGGGGAUAAGAGCUUUCUAUAGUGGGUUGAUACCGUCAUUGUUUGGAUUGUUACAUGUUGGGAUCCAUUUCCCUGUUUAUGAGAAAUUGAAGACCAUUUUUCAUUGUAAUUUGAAUUCUGGAGAUCAGGGAUCAACUUUGAAAUUAUGGAGUCUAAUAGCAGCUUCUUCGAUUUCAAAAAUGAUUGCAAGUACCAUUACUUACCCACAUGAAAUUUUAAGAACAAGAAUGCAGUUGCGUCAAGACACAGGAAAGCAUAAAUCGUUGUUAAAGACCAUAUCUUCUAUCUUUCGUAAUGAAGGAUUGAGAGGGUUUUAUGCUGGGUAUUUUACAAACUUGACUAGAACUGUUCCUGCCAGUGCUGUGACAUUGGUCAGUUUUGAAUAUUUCAAAACAUAUUUAUUAGAAAUGAGUGGGAAACUAAAUAAAAAAUUUACUCAAUAA